CCGUCGCUCCCCCUCUCCCUCUUAUAAUCUCUCUCCUCCCAACUCACUCUCUUCGCGCACACUCUUUCUCUCACUCAGAUCGAUCCCCUGUUCUCGGAUCGGUCGCCGGCAGCUUCCACUCUCUCGUUUCUCUCCGUCGAGAUCUGAGCUCUCUCCGAGACAGCAAGAUGAGAGAAAUCCUUCACGUACAAGGUGGACAGUGUGGUAACCAAAUCGGGUCCAAGUUUUGGGAAGUGGUCUGCGACGAGCAUGGGAUCGAUCCCACUGGGAGAUACACUGGGACGUCCGAUUUGCAACUGGAGCGUGUGAAUGUCUACUACAAUGAGGCCUCUUGUGGACGCUUUGUUCCUCGUGCUGUACUCAUGGAUCUCGAGCCAGGAACCAUGGACAGUGUGAGGACCGGUCCCUAUGGGCAGAUCUUCAGGCCUGAUAACUUUGUCUUUGGCCAGUCCGGUGCUGGCAACAACUGGGCCAAGGGCCACUACACUGAGGGUGCAGAGCUCAUUGAUUCGGUCCUCGAUGUUGUUCGCAAGGAAGCUGAAAACUGCGACUGUCUUCAAGGUUUCCAGGUCUGCCACUCACUCGGUGGCGGGACUGGCUCCGGAAUGGGAACCUUGCUGAUUUCAAAGAUCCGGGAGGAGUAUCCUGACAGGAUGAUGCUCACCUUUUCAGUGUUCCCAUCCCCGAAGGUCUCGGACACUGUGGUGGAGCCUUACAAUGCCACCCUUUCGGUUCAUCAGCUUGUUGAGAAUGCUGAUGAGUGUAUGGUGCUGGACAAUGAGGCUUUGUAUGACAUCUGCUUCAGAACUCUGAAGCUAACAACUCCUAGCUUCGGUGAUUUGAACCACUUGAUCUCUGCAACCAUGAGUGGCGUGACAUGCUGCCUGAGGUUCCCGGGUCAACUGAACUCUGACCUGCGAAAGCUUGCCGUCAAUCUCAUCCCAUUCCCUCGGCUUCACUUCUUCAUGGUCGGGUUUGCUCCUCUCACUUCCCGCGGCUCUCAGCAGUACCGUGCCCUUACUGUCCCGGAGCUCACCCAGCAAAUGUGGGAUGCCAAAAACAUGAUGUGCGCUGCCGACCCACGCCAUGGCCGCUAUCUCACUGCCUCAGCCAUGUUCAGAGGGAAGAUGAGCACUAAGGAAGUUGACGAGCAGAUGAUCAAUGUGCAGAACAAGAACUCCUCCUACUUUGUGGAGUGGAUCCCGAACAAUGUGAAGUCCAGCGUCUGCGACAUCCCUCCUCGUGGGCUCUCCAUGGCCUCAACCUUCAUUGGGAACUCGACCUCCAUCCAAGAAAUGUUCAGGAGGGUCAGUGAGCAAUUCACAGCCAUGUUCAGGAGAAAGGCUUUCCUCCACUGGUACACUGGGGAAGGCAUGGACGAGAUGGAGUUCACUGAGGCCGAGAGCAACAUGAAUGACCUUGUCUCCGAGUACCAGCAAUAUCAGGACGCCUCGGCUGAGGAGGAGUACGAGUAUGAGGAUGAGGAGGAAGCCGAGCAUGAGAUGUAAUUCGAAUUUCCCACCUGGUGUAUUGUUUCUGCCUCGAAGAAACAAGCAUCCCUUUUCUCGCCUUUCCAGUAGUUCAAUCGAUCUUCUAUGCAGUUGAGAUAUAUUUAGUUAUGACAGCUAUGGAUGUUUCAGUCUUUACUUUUUACUUUCCUAUGUAGUGUAAUGCUAUGGAUUUAGAUGAGCUCGUCGAAUGGUUCGGUUCAGUCUUUGAUACGCAAUGCUUGUAUAAACCUUCACCCGAAUGCCCCAAUCGAAACAAAUUGACUCGUCUAAU